AUGUCUCAAGCGGUGCCAGCACUAAACUCGUACCCCAAUCGUCACAGCUUUUACGGCUGGCCGAACGGUACCGCGGCGCCUCCUGCUGCACCGAUUCUCCCUCGUAUGCCGUCGCAGCAAGCUGCUUUCCCGGCGUCGACCAAUGGUCCUGCUCUGGCCAACAAGCCCCGGGUCCGGCACUCGACUGUUGUGCCUCUGCCCACGUCACAAAUUUACCAGGAAAAGCCUGCGCAGGUUACCCGAAAGAGCGUCUCGCGCGCGCCUCGCGUCGUUAACAAUGCUGUGUUGGAAGAGGCCGAAUACCAACCCGAGAUUCUGGAGUACAUGCACACUAUGGAAAAGCAGACGAUGGCCAACGUGGAGCUCAUGAGUGUUCAGCCGGAGCUGCACUGGUUCAUGCGCCCCUACCUGGUGGAUUUCUUGAUUGAAAUUCACCAGUCUUUCCGUCUUCGGCCCGAGACGUUAUACCUCACGAUGAACAUGGUCGACCGCUACGUCUCGAAGCGCAUUGUCUACAAGCGCCACUACCAGUUGGUUGGAUGUGCAGCUCUGCUUAUUGCUGCCAAGUUUGAAGACGCCAAAGACCGUGUGCCUACGGUCCAGGAGCUGAGCCAAAUGUGCUGCAACGCCUAUGAUACCAGUGCCUUUACCCAAAUGGAGGGUCACGUCCUGUCGACGCUCGACUGGACUCUUGGCCAUCCUACGGUCGAAUCGUGGUUGCGCUACGAAUAUUCGUGCGCCCCGCCGGCGAACUCCAGCACCCACAGCGUUGCUCGUUUCCUUGCGGAAGUUACGCUCUUCCACCAGAGCUUUAUUAACACCCUGCCCUCCUCGUUGGCAGCGGGUGCGAUGAUGCUUGCUCGGCACAUUUGUCGUGACCCCCGCCCCUCGUCGCCAGCUGCUGGUCGUGCUGCGACGGCUGCGGCGAACCAAAUCUACGCUUUUGUGGCCGAACACGUUGACGAUCUGUCUAUGAUUCUUGCCAAGAAAUACUCCUACGCCUACUAUGCCGAGGCCUCUACCGUUGUCCUCGACUGGUUCCGUAAGCGUACCGCUAUGGUGAAGGCCGGAGAAGGUAAUGCUGGCCAAUACCGCCAAGAGACGUAUUCGAGCGAUGAAGAGGGCGACUCUAUGCAUUCGAGCUCGCCCAACCCAUCGGUAUUCUCUACCCCGUCGCGGUCACUGACCCGCGACGAUGACGACGACGAGAGCUUGCCGGUUACUCCUAUGUCGUUGAACUCGAUUCAUGAUACGUCGAUGAAUAACGUGCACAACCACCGCGUGAGCACGAUCGUGUCCAAUGCGAAGCGGCAGUCGCACGGCGCUGUGGACUCCAAGCAUGCAUCGGCUGCGCCGUGGAUGAACUUGAACCACUUGAAGCCUGUCGCCAAGCAUUCGCAGCCCCAGCGGUCGCGCAUGGACAUGGACAUUGAUACGACGGGGAAACCCUAA